AGGCUGCUGGAGGGCUCACCUGCGACAGGUGCUCCCGGCUGCCCCGGACAAGCGAGCGCGGGCGGGAAGAUGCUGCGUGAGCGGACUGUGCGGCUGCAGUACGGGAGCCGCGUCGAGGCGGUGUACGUGCUGGGCACCUACAUCUGGACCGAUGUCUACAGCGCGGCCCCAGCCGAGGCCCAAACCUUCAGCCUGAAGCAUUCGGAGCGCGUGCGCGUGGAGGUGGUGCGGGACGGGGAGGCCGAGGAAGUGGCCACCAAUGGCAAACAGCGCUGGCGUCUCUCGCCCACCACCACGCUGCGGCUCACCAUGAGCCAGGCGAGCACCGAGGCCAGCAGCGACAAGGUCACCGUCAACUACUAUGACGAGGAGGGGAGUGUGCCCAUCGACCAGGCUGGGCUCUUCCUCACGGCCAUUGAGAUCUCCCUGGACGUGGACGCAGACCGGGAUGGCGUGGUGGAGAAGAACAACCCAAAGAAGGCAUCCUGGACCUGGGGGCCCGAGGGCCAGGGGGCCAUCCUGCUGGUGAACUGUGACCGAGACACGCCCUGGUUGCCCAAGGAGGACUGCAGCGACGAGAAGGUCUACACCAGGGAAGACCUCAAGGACAUGUCCCAGAUGAUCCUGCGGACCAAAGGCCCCGAACGCCUCCCCGCUGGAUACGAGAUAGUUCUCUACAUUUCCAUGUCGGACUCGGACAAAGUGGGCGUGUUCUACGUGGAGAACCCGUUCUUCGGCCAGCGCUACAUCCACAUCCUGGGCCGGCGGAAGCUCUACCACGUGGUCAAGUACACGGGCGGCUCAGCGGAGCUGCUGUUCUUCGUGGAAGGGCUCCGCUUCCCCGACGAGGGCUUCUCGGGCCUGGUCUCCAUCCACGUCAGCCUGCUGGAGUACAUGGCCCAGGAGAUUCCCCUGACACCCAUCUUCACGGACACUGUGAUGUUCCGGAUCGCACCAUGGAUCAUGACCCCCAACAUCCUGCCUCCCGUGUCGGUGUACGUGUGCUGCAUGAAGGACAAUUACCUGUUCCUGAAAGAGGUGAAGAACCUGGUGGAGAAAACCAACUGCGAGCUGAAGGUCUGCUUCCAGUACAUAAACCGGGGCGACCGCUGGAUCCAGGAUGAAAUUGAGUUUGGCUACAUCGAGGCCCCCCACAAAGGCUUCCCCGUGGUGCUGGACUCCCCCCGAGACGGAUACCUGAAGGACUUCCCCAUGAAGCAGCUCCUGGGCCCAGAUUUCGGCUACGUGACCCGGGAGCCCCUCUUUGAGCCCGUCACCAGCCUUGAUUCCUUUGGGAACCUGGAGGUCAGUCCCCCAGUGACCGUGAACGGCAAGACAUACCCACUUGGCCGGAUCCUCAUCGGAAGCAGCUUUCCUCUGUCUGGCGGGCGGCGGAUGACCCAGGUGGUGCGCGACUUCCUGAAUGCCCAGCAGGUGCAGGCGCCCGUGGAGCUCUACUCAGACUGGCUGACCGUGGGCCAUGUGGACGAGUUCAUGACCUUCGUCCCCAUCCCAGGCACAAAGCAAUUUCGGCUGCUCAUGGCCAGCACCUCAGCCUGCUACAGGCUCUUCCGAGAGAAGCAGAAGGAGGGCCACGGGGAGGCCAUCAUGUUCAAAGGCCUGGGUGGGAUGAGCAGCAAGCGAAUCACCAUCAACAAGAUUCUGUCCAACGAGAGCCUUGUGCAGGAGAACCAGUACUUCCAGCGCUGCUUGGACUGGAACCGCGACAUCCUCAAGAAGGAGCUGGGACUGACAGAGAAUGACAUCAUUGACCUGCCCGCUCUGUUCAAGAUGGACGAGGGCCGCCAGGCCAGACCCUUCUUCCCAAACAUGGUGAACAUGAUCGUGCUGGACAAGGACCUGGGCAUCCCCAAGCCGUUCGGGCCCCAGGUGGAGGACGAGUGCUGCCUGGAGACACACGUGCGCGCCCUGCUGGAGCCCCUGGGCCUCUACUGCACCUACAUCGACGACAUCUCGGCCUACCACAAGUUUCUGGGGGAGGUCCACUGCGGCACCAACGUGCGCAGGAAGCCCUUCGCCUUCAAGUGGUGGCACAUGGUGCCGUGACCUGCAGGGGCCCUGGCACUUCCCUCCCUCCCGGAGUUCUCCAGACCCCUCGUGCCCAGAGCCUUUCUGCCCCAUGGGGAGCCUUCGGGAAGUGGGGUGGGACCUGGAGAAUCUGUGCCUUGCCCUGCCUGAGAAGGGCCUCAGUGUCCACCGAAGCCAUCCCCAGGGAGCCUCAACUGUGUCCUUCCUGAGAAUAGCUGGGCCGGUGUCUGUGUAGCCCUGGCGUGAGAAACAAAGCACAGCACAACCUACCCUGGACCCAAACCAUUCCCCGAAGAGCUCUUAGUCUCUAGCCUAACACCGAGUGUGGGGAGAAGGGAAGGAGAUUCUGGGGUGGCCAGUUCUUCCAGCGCCCCGACGUUCAAGGCAGAACACAUGAAAAGGACCCUGGGACCCCAGACGUACUUUGACCUGCCAUCGUCAUUUCCCAUCCACCUCCCUCGGGACUCUAGGUGGCUGCUCCCAAUUAUUCAUUCCUCACCAGCCUCUCUCUGUGCCAUGUAGGCACCACUGGCUAGCGCUCCCCACUCCCUGAGGGUCCAAUCAUUUACCUUAGAACCUUCCCUGGAAAUAGAUUUCGUCAGAGCAGCCUUCUCAUUUGCGAGAUGCUUUUGUCACCUUCUUCAUGGGUGCAGCCUCCCCACAUGCAUGCGGGUUCCUCCCCAGACCAGCAUCCCUGUGGCCUGAGAGUGCAGUGUGUAAGGAUGCCCCGGGCCAGCUACAGCCACCUUCUCUGGCCUGGUCCUUGAGUCUCUGUCAGUCCCUGACCUCCCUGCUCCCACCACCUCGACUUCCUUCCUAUCCCCGAUGCCGUCUCUCCAGGCAGCUAGCCAAGAACUUCUUCACCACCAGCCAGAUUCAGAUUGUCCCCAGGGCAUGAUAGAUGACCUGUCCCUCCUCCCCAGGCAUCAGAUCCCGCACACAAGGACCUGGCCUUCCCUCCAGCCCAACAGCCAGUUCAGGGCCAGCUGCCGGCCUCAGAGAUGGUUUGAUUAUCCUGUUGAAAUUCACCCGUGCAUUUGCCAAAGACCCUCUCAUUCGGACAUACCCGGAUCCGUUCCCUGGCUCCAACUGAAAAGACUGUUUCCAUUUUAAAAAGUGCCUUUAGGGCCAGAAGAAUGUGUAAAUUAUAAUUCCACUUUGAAGGUUAAAAAGAACCAGUUUAUAACCAAUGAAAAGGUUAUAAAUUUAUUUUUUGGAGGGAAUAGGAUUUUCAUUUUGGAUUAUUUCGUUCAGCCAUUCAACAAACAUUUGUUGCCUGCCUACUCAGCGCGAGGCAUAGUGUUGGGCUCUGUGAAUACAGUGGUCAGUAGCAAACUGGACCCGGUCCCUCCCUGCAUGGAAUCAGUCAGUUCCCAACAUGCAAAGCCCAUAUUUAAACAGCCAGCAUCUGCCCCUUCAGUGAUGUGCUCUUUAGAAAUGCCAGUCCACCAUAUUCAGGAACUGCACAGGGCACAAAGCUUCCCACAAGCCACUGUCUUGGUGAAAUGGGAGGGGAGGUCUUCUUUAAACAGGCCCCCUUCCCAUCCAACUGGGCCAGUACUACCCAAGAGAUCAGUCCCCUAAACCUUCAGAAGCUGUUGUCCCCCCUCUGGGGACAGUGGCUCCUGCCUGUGGAGGCCAAAGCCCCAGAUCUUCUCUCCUGCCCCAGAGCUGCAAACACCAAGUGCCUAUUUGAGGGUGUUUAUCUGGAGACUUAGAGUUUGUCAUGUGUGUGUGUUUGGUUAAUGUGGGUUUAUGGGCUUUCUUUCAUUUUUUUCUAAUCUUCAUUAGGGGAAGUGAGUGCCCUGCGUGUGAAGACAGUGUGUCUUUAUAGAUUUUUCUAAAGCUCUCCCCAUCGAUAGGUCAGUAAUUUCUGAUGUUUCUGGAACCCCCAGGACUCAGACACCCGCUCCCAUCUCAGUUGCCCACCCAGUGUGACGACCCUCAGUGUGGACAUGCCCCUGUGGACUCAUCGCUCUUCCCCACCCCCGCUUUCUAUAAAUGUAGGCCUAGAACACACGUCUGUGUUGCAAAACUCAGCUAGGUUCCUGUUUCCAUCUUUAUUUGGACAUAUUUUGUGUAAGAGGGUAGGGGGUGUCGUGAAGAUGGCAAGAAGCAGAACACAGUUUCAACUUUCUGGAAAAGAGGCCGUGAUGGAGAUCAAAGAUGUGCGGGGAAGAGCCCGACUAAAGAGCAAUAAAAAAAAAAAAUGGUCCAAGGGGAAGUCAA